GUCUGUCUCUGCUCCUUGUUUGGGAGGCUAGUGGGAGGAGAAGAGCUGAAGGGGCUAUAUAACCCCGGAGCUUUCAGAUACAGAGUGCACCAUCCCAGAGCAGCUAUCCCCAGCCAAGCACUGUCAGGGGCUGUUUUCUGUCUGGAGAGCCUGAGGACGUUGACGUAGAAGAUGUGUGAGGAAGAGGACAGCACUGCCCUUGUUUGUGACAAUGGGUCGGGACUCUGUAAAGCCGGCUUUGCUGGGGACGAUGCUCCAAGAGCAGUGUUCCCUUCCAUUGUGGGUCGUCCCAGGCACCAGGGUGUGAUGGUUGGUAUGGGUCAAAAAGACAGCUAUGUAGGUGAUGAGGCUCAAAGCAAGAGAGGAAUCCUGACCCUGAAAUACCCCAUAGAGCACGGCAUCAUUACAAAUUGGGAUGACAUGGAGAAGAUCUGGCAUCAUUCUUUCUAUAAUGAGCUCCGUGUUGCACCUGAAGAACACCCAACUCUGCUGACUGAAGCACCACUGAAUCCCAAAGCCAACCGAGAGAAGAUGACCCAGAUCAUGUUUGAGACUUUCAAUGUGCCAGCUAUGUACGUAGCUAUUCAAGCCGUCCUGUCCCUCUAUGCUUCUGGACGUACCACAGGGAUUGUGCUUGACUCUGGGGAUGGUGUCACCCACAACGUGCCAAUUUAUGAAGGCUAUGCCCUGCCACAUGCCAUCAUGCGCCUGGACCUGGCUGGCCGUGACCUGACAGACUACCUCAUGAAAAUCCUGACAGAACGUGGCUACUCCUUUGUGACCACUGCGGAGCGUGAAAUUGUCCGUGACAUCAAGGAGAAGCUGUGCUAUGUGGCCCUGGACUUUGAAAAUGAGAUGGCCACUGCUGCCUCUUCCUCGUCUCUAGAAAAAAGCUAUGAGCUUCCUGAUGGUCAGGUGAUCACUAUUGGAAAUGAACGCUUCCGCUGCCCGGAGACCCUCUUCCAGCCAUCUUUCAUUGGCAUGGAGUCCGCUGGCAUUCAUGAAACCACUUACAACAGCAUCAUGAAGUGCGACAUAGACAUCAGAAAGGAUCUGUACGCUAACAACGUGUUGUCUGGAGGCACGACAAUGUACCCGGGGAUUGCAGACAGGAUGCAGAAGGAAAUAACUGCUCUGGCUCCCAGCACUAUGAAGAUCAAGAUCAUUGCUCCUCCUGAACGUAAGUACUCUGUCUGGAUUGGAGGCUCUAUUCUUGCUUCCCUGUCUACUUUCCAGCAGAUGUGGAUCAGCAAACAGGAAUAUGAUGAAGCUGGCCCAUCCAUUGUUCACCGCAAAUGCUUUUAAAUUGCUUUAUCUUUGUAUGUGUCCUUAGUGUAUUACUGUGAAUGUAUUCAGGAAAAUACAUUCUUAUAAUUUCAUUCCAUAAAUCCUUCAUCGUAAUUACUCUAAUUAGUUGGGUACUGUGUAUUUUUUGGAAUAAAUUUUAAAUAUGAUCUGAAAUUGCUGCUCCUAUUUAAAACAAAAAACCAAAAAACCAAAACUAAACAAACCAAACCACAACCAAAAAACCAACCCACGCGUUUGUGGAGGUACCGUUACAGCGGGUUUGAAGCUCCAUCUCGUGACACGAGUCUGUUACUACGCUACGCCGGGCUUCAUAGAAAAAGCGGGAACCCUUUGCUCCGUGACACCAAUGCUAGAAAAUGCUCAGCUAUCAGGCUGCACGUUUUCACAGUUGAGCCUCAGAAAACAUUUUAGUCUGCGAACAGAACCAGCCUUGAUUUUUCAAAAAUUCUGGGCAGUACCAAAGGAGCAUAGCAUCUGUUCGGUAUCAGGAUGAGCAUAUGCACUCUCUCCUUUGCAUCUGCUCUAUCCAGAAAUAUUAUCUAUCCACAUCGCUUCUUAAUUCAUAGCUGUCAUGCUGGGAAAGGUAAUCUCUUACUACGUGUGGCCUAGAGGUGUGUGAUGUAUACUACAACAGUUCAGUGUGUUUUCUUAAAAAAAAAAAAACCCUAAACCAAACCUGUUCCUUUGGGAGCAUAUCUAAACACUAGUGUUAGAUUGAACACAUGAUUUCCUACCAUAUGCCCUCAAGAUAAGUGCAGCCUAUUAUUUUUAUGUUGUGAUUAUAAGGGUAAUUAAGCUGGCUUAAUACACUUUUUCUUCAGAACAUUUUUUUGGGGGGGUGUAAUGUAAUCAAAGUAGAUUAAAUAAUAAAUAAUUUAGAUAAUUUUCUCUU